AUGGAGAUUUUCAACAUUGUUUUGGUGUUCGGCUGCUUAAUUUGUUUUGGGAAUUCCGAAGAUCUGCAGCCUGAAGAUAAUUAUGCAAAAUUGUCAAUGGAAGUUGAAAGUCUAAAACAAUCACUUGAUAUGCUGAAACAGAAAGUGGAUGGCGGAUUACACCCUCCCGUAUCACCAUCUCAAAAAUAUGCCGAACGAGAAAAAUAUCGCAAUCAAAGUAAACCAAUUUUUGAUGCUCGAGUAGAUGAACUGCCAAUGGAAUGCCGUAGCCAUCCAGCACCCUCCAACUGUGCCAUGGCCACAGCUUGCACUGAAACCAGUGGCUAUUAUAAUAUAACCAUUGCCCGUUAUCGGAAUCACACAUUUCAAGCAUUUUGUGAUUAUCGCACCAAGGGAGGUGAUUGGUUACAUAUUUUACAACGCCUCGAUGGUUCGGAAAAUUUCAAUCGCCCCUGGGAGGAUUAUGUGAAUGGUUUUGGCUACGUGGAUGGUGAAUAUUGGAUUGGUUUGGAAAAUCUUUACGCUCUGACCAAUUACGAUGGACCCCAGGAACUAUAUGUGUAUAUGCAUAAUUUUAGUGGCUCAAUGCGUUAUGCACGCUAUGAUCAUUUUGUCAUCGGCAGCUCGGAGGAGAAAUAUAAAUUAAAGCUGUUGGGUAAAUACACCGGUAAUGCUGGUGAUAGUUUGUCGUAUUCGAUGGGUGCGGCAUUCAGCACCCACGAUCAGGAUAACGAUAAUCAUACACAAAAUUGUGCUGCCGUACAUAAGGGUGGUUGGUGGUAUAAGAGCUGUGCUCGAGCUGUUCCCACGGGAUAUUAUCACCAGGGCAAAUACAAAGGAGAAUAUGCUGAUGGCAUCUAUUGGAGAGAUUGGCUAGAGUUGUGGAACUCGAUGAAAUAUGUGGUCAUGAUGAUAAGACGUCAGCGUAUUUUUGUGGAUUAG